AUGUUGUCAGUCUGCAUUUGUCCCGUUGAUGGGCAUGGUAGCUACGCGUUUCGAGCGUUGACAGGCCAGGGUACCGGAGAAUCAGGGAAGUCGACGUUCAUUAAGCAGAUGCGAAUUAUCCACGGGAAUGGUUAUUCAGAUGAAGAUAAACGGGCUCAUAUUCGACUAGUCUAUCAAAAUGUCUUCAUGGCCAUACAAGUAAGUUCGGAGCAUAAAUUCACUAGUUGA